AUGAAUAUGGCAAACGAUAGUGUUAAAAACAAAUCUGCUGGUCUAAUUAUUAUUGGAGACGAGUUAUUAAAAGGUCAUACAAAGGAUGAAAAUGCAUCAUUUUUACUUGACAAACUUUGGAAAAAUGGAAUUAAAGUUGAAAAGGUUUCAUUUAUUAAAGACAGAGUUCAAGAAAUAGCAAACGAAGUAAGGAUAUUUUCUGAUAAAUAUGAUUUUGUUAUUACUGCUGGUGGGGUUGGUCCAACACAUGAUGACUUAACAUACGAAGGUAUUGCUUUAGCUUUUGGAGAGUCUCUGGUAUUUAAUAAAGAAUUCCAAUAUACUAGUUUGUAUAUUGAAAGUGAAAAGCAGAACAACGAUACUGCUUUAGAUAAUAAGACAUUUUUACUGCCACAAUCUGCAAAUUUAAUAUUUGCAAUAGAUCCAUUGACAGAAGGACCGACUAAAUAUCCGCUAGUAUGCGUUAAAAAUAUUUAUAUUUUUCCGGGAGUACCUUCUUACCUUCAAAAGUUAUUUUUGGAUAAUCAAUCUAUUUUUAGCAACCACAUCAAAUUUUUUCUUAUUAAAGUUUAUAUAUCUAUUGAUGAAGAAGCCAUCAAGAUUGCUUUGGAUAAUGUUAAUAAACAAUAUCCUUCUGUCUCUGUUGGUUCCUAUCCAACCCUAAACAAACCUUUUAAGGUAAAAGUGACCUUGGAAUCAGAAGAAAAAGAAAAUUUAGAAAGGGCUUUCGAAAGUUUGGUUGGAUUGUUGCCGGAAAAAGCUAUUUUUUCUGUUAAAAAAUGUUUACCGAAUUCUCGUCAAAGCUCACACCAAUCAAAUAGUCUAACAACUGAAUGUACACACCAAAACACUUUUCCAAACGAAUUGGACGGCUAUCUUUGUAGAGAAAACACAACUUCAUUAGCUGAUGCAAUAAAAUGCGCCUGGGCAGUUUUCAAGCAGACAUUUGAUAUGUACUCUCCUAAUCAGGUUUGCAUUGGAUUUAACGGUGGAAAAGAUUGCACUGUUGUCUUACAUUUGAUUAUGGCAUAUUUCAAGUCAAUUUUUCCAGAACAGAAACAGGAACUUAUAGGAUUAUAUUUUAAAGAUUCCAAUCAGUUUCCAAUGGUCCAGCAGUUUAUUGAAGAAUGCGAGAAUAAGUAUAAAUUUAAAUUGAUUAGUUUAGAUGAAGGUAUAAAAGCAGGGCUAAAUAAACUAAAGAAGUCACAUCCUGAAUUAAAAGCUAUUAUUAUGGGAACAAGGCGCUGUGAUCCUUUUUCUUCGCAUUUAAAAGCGUUAUCAAUGACUGACAAAGGCUGGCCAGAGUUUAUGCGUGUUAUGCCACUGUUAGAUUGGAGCUAUGGAGAAGUUUGGCAGUUCCUAAAAAAAUUCAAUAAGCCGUAUUGUAAGUUAUAUGACCAAGGGUACACGUCUCUCGGAUCAAGUAAAAACACUGAGAAGAACCCAGCGUUGUUACUACCAAAUGGGGAGUACUUGUCAGCUUAUAAUUUAGAAAACGAGGCUGACGAAAGGCUAGGAAGAAAAUAGCUUAUUUGUCUAAAUAAAUAAAAAAAUCUUUAUAUACAAAGCAGUACAUUUAAAACCUUGGAUUAGACUGUUUUGCUUUAAAAAAUCUUUUUUUUUUUCGUAAAAUUGUAUUUUUAUUUUAUAUAAUUAUUCUGUUUGAAAGAUUUGUUUUUUAAUACA